GCCCGGAGCACCAUCAGUCCGGGGCCAAGGGGCUGUCGGUGACUGCAAGUGCCGGUGCCACCUCGUGCAUGUGACGCGGGAGCGCGGGAGAGCACGGUGGCUGCCGCGUCCCUGCGGCAAGGGGACACGGACACAGCGGGCCAGGGCGGCGAGGAGCGCCCGUGAGGGCAGGAGAGGAGGCAGCAGGGCGGCGAGGGGCCGGGCUGCGCGCGGGGCAGCCCCAUGCCGCUGUGCCUGAAGGCUGCCGUCAGCACGAGGGACUAUUGCCCGGCGGUGCCGCGGUGCGGCCGGUACACGCCGCGGCUGAGGGCCUCCCGCACCGUGCGCUUCCCCAACGACGUCGUCUUUCAGGACCACAUCAAGCAGGGGGACCUGGAGCAGGUGGGCAGGUUCAUCCGAGCCAGGAAGGUGACUCUGGACACCAUCUACCCUUCCGGCAUGGCAGCGCUGCACGAAGCCGUGCUCACGGGAAACCUGGACUGCGUCAAGCUGCUGGUCAAGUACGGCGCCGACAUCCACCAGAGGGACGAGAAGGGCUGGACGCCGCUGCACAUGGCCUGCAGCGACGGCCACGCCGACAUCGCCAGGUACCUCCUGUCCCUGGGGGCCAGCCUGGAGGCCACCACCGACGACGGGGAGAAACCCUCGGACCUCAUCGACCCCGAGUACGAGGACCUGGUGCGGCUCCUGGGCGGCACGGCGCUGCGCUGAGCCGGGCCCGGCCGCGGCCGGGGGGCUGUGCCUGCCCGAGCACCGGGGCUGCGCCCGGGCUGGGCCCGGGCGGCCCGGUGCUGCCACUCGGUACCGCUCGGUACUGCCAAUCGGAACACUUUGUACUUUUCCAAUAAAGCAUCUCGGUUACCACCUCCGGUA